GUCUUUGGCUGAUGCUGGUCCUUGUGUCAGCAUUGUCAUUUAAUCUAAAUGAACUGUUUUGUGAACAUGUUGCUCUAAACAUCCUUUCUCUUGUGAACUUUAGGAUGGGAUCCUGUUGAAGGUGAAGACACCUACAUAUAGUCAGUAGAGAUGUAGGUUUUUAUCCAGUGACUUAAAUGUGUGUGGUGUAAGCUGACAUGUGCUAGGGUGUUUGAGAAGCAGAUAGGGCUGGCAGAUACAAUGUGAUCAACAGGCGAUUCAUGGUUUUCUGGAGUGCAGCUGGGCAUCAGGGUGGAGAAGCUGAAGUACCUUACGGCUUCAGAUAUGUUUAGGACACUGAGUCAAGCCCUGUUCCCAUGUAGUCAAUGGAGCAAGAGAGCUGUCUUUUUUCCUUAAAGCCACACAAAGUUUUCAGCCUUUUUUAAAACUCUUUCCCGCCUUGUUUGUCCUCUGUUUUGGAGGCUACUGUCUAAUUUUUUUUCUUUUCAUCCUUCAUAGUUACUCCUAGCUCAUUUUUCAAGAGCAACCUUAAUCAAGCUAUUCAAUUUUUUGUAUCUCCAUCUCCAUGCCAUUUUGAAUAGAUAUGUGAAUAGAUACAGUGGACAGGUGGGCAGACUCUUAUAAUGGGCCAAGGCUAUUUGUAUGGUUGUCUAUAUGGGAAAUAAUUUGCCUGAUACAUACAAUUUGGUUUUUUGAUAGCUGCAUUACUUUGAUUUCUGAUACUUAUUAUGUGAUUGACUUGUUUAUUUUUCAGGUUGCUUCAGACUUAGAAUUUCUUGGUAUCUAACUGUAGUCCUGGUUAGGUGUGAUAUGAUUACUUACAAAUCACUUUAUUUCUUGUCUUUACGCCUCAAAUGGGAUGUGCAUGUUUAGGUGACUAACUACAGGAACAUCAAAAUGCCUAACCUUGAACAUCCAGCUUACCCAGCAGCUACACUGCUUCAUUUGGAAAGUUUGGUGCCUUGUCGAGAAUCCCAAGUGUCCAUGUUGCUGUCAAUAUUUGGAGAGCGUCAGCAGUUUACUUUUCCAUCCAUCUUUAUCUAUGGACAUACAUCUAGUGGAAAGACCUAUGUGAUGCAAACUCUUCUAAACACCUUAGAGCUUCCUCAUGUGUUCGUGAACUGUGUGGAAUACUUUACUUCACGACUUCUUUUAGAAGAAAUUCUCAUCCAAUUGCAAAGCUGUUGUUCUGAGACAGAACAGACUUCUCAUGUGCCCUGUGAUACUUUCAAUGACUUUGUACGUCUGUUUAAACAAGCUGUCUUGAGUCGAGAGCUUCAAGAUCAAACACUAUACAUUGUACUGGAUAGAGCAGAGCAGCUGAGGGAGAUGGAAGCAAACAUCCUGCCAGCAUUUCUUAGGCUUCAAGAGCUGACUGACAGAAAUGUGACAGUUGUCCUGCUCAGUGAAAUAGUAUGGGAACUGUUCCGUCCAAAUAUUGGAUGCUUUGAGCCAUUCACCUUGUAUUUUCCUGAUUACAGCAUAGGACACCUGCAGAAGAUCUUGUCUCAGAAUCAUCCCCCAGAAUAUUCUGCGGAUUUCUAUGCUGCAUAUAUCAAUAUUCUGCUUGGUGUCUUCUACAUGGUCUGUAGGGACCUGAAGGAACUUCAGCAUCUGGCAGCGCUCAAUUUUUCUAAAUACUGUGAACCAGUGGUCAGAGGAGAAGCAAAUGAACGUGACACCCGCAAACUCUGGAAGAAUAUUGAACCUCAUUUGAAGAAGGCAAUGCAGACUGUUUAUCUUCGGGAAAUAUCCAGCUCACAGUGGGAGCGCUUACAGUGUGACAACGGAGAACCUGGGCAGUUGAAAGGACUUUCUGCACAUACACAUGUGGAACUUCCUUAUUACUCCAAAUUUCUUCUAAUAGCUGCUUACCUUGCCUCCUACAAUCCUGUUAGGACAGAUAAGAGGUUCUUUCUUAAGCAUCAUGGGAAAAUUAGAAAGACCAACUUUAUGAAGAAACAUGAAAAGACCAGUAAUCACCUCCUUGGGCCAAAGCCAUUUCCCUUGGACAGACUGUUAGCAAUAUUAUAUAGUAUUGUGGACAACAGAGUUGCUCCAACUGCAAAUAUAUUUUCCCAGAUCACCUCUCUUGUGACUCUCCAGCUGUUAUCCAUGGUUGGCCAUAAUGACCAGCUUGAUGGACCACGAUAUAAAUGUACUGUAUCUCUGGACUUCAUCAGAGCUAUUGCCCGGACCGUGAACUUCGACAUAAUAAAGUACUUGUACGAUUUCUUGUGAAAACAAGCUUCACAGCCAUAUGGACACUGUGACAAUGACUAAGGCAAGCUGUGUUCAUCUCUCUACUUAGCUGGCCAGAAAGAAGAGUAUUUUGGCUCUUUUGGAUUUGUCCAAACAGGUGCUGGCCCAGCAUGGAACCUGCUGAAAAUACUCUGAUUGGUCUGGGUGGAUCUGAGCAGAGGACUAUUUACCAGGGACCCUGGCGUAUUUGGAAGCAAUGUGUUAAUUAUAAACAGCAGGGUUUGAGCACAAUCUGUUCUACUCUUAAUGAUGUUAUCUUAACACUGAAAUUGCCUGAAACCCAUUUACUUAGGACUGAAUUUUGCUCUAUGAACUCUCCCUAGUGCUUUGAACAUGGCAGCAGCCCUUGUUUGUAUGCCCAGUCUUUUCACUUCCUCUCCACAGGAAUCUUUGCAAUUGCCUGCCAAAGCUGCUUUUCCUGAGGCCACCAUUUUAGGAGAGUGGAGUAGCAAAAUAUAAUAAACAUAAGAACAUAUUUAAAAUCAA